AUUAAUAAUGAUUGUUUAAAGUUAAUAAUAGGGUCAUUAAAAAGAUCUAGAAAUAGAAAUCUAGAAUAUCCGUCAUACUCAGCUGUCAGUCCUGUCACAUAUGGCAUUAGCUAUUAGCUAAAUGAUCAAGGAAACAGGAGAUUUGAGAAUUAACCUUCUGAGCUUCACCUCACCUGACCGGCCGGGCCCUUUUCUAUGGUUGAACGUUUGAAAUCGCCAUACAUAUAUGGCCUGCAUGCAUUGAGCUUGAGCUAGCUAGCCGCAUGCCAUGCCACGCCAGACUAUACCGUGUCCGUACCCGGUACCGUAUACCGGGGAGCUUCGGCCGGUACGUACACUGACGCAUCGGCCGAUGGAACCACGUGCACGUGUAGACCGUGCGUUCUUUUCGUUUCCAUUUGACGUUUCGGAGAUACCGUACCGGUACCGUAUGCUUACGUCGCACAGACCUAUGACUCAAGACAAGUCUCAAGCUCAAGUCAAGACGAAAGGAGUUGAGAUUCUGAUGUAAUGAUUAACAGUAUCAGAGCACAAUGAGGAGACUGAAUAGAAAGGAAACAUUGAAGGUUGUUAAAGAAUUGGACGCUUUCCCCAAAAUACCAGAGGAUUAUGUCCAGACAACAUCUACUGGAGGAACAGUAUCAAUCCUGACUUUCAUGAUGAUCGCUGGCCUUGUGGUCUCAGAAUUCAUGUAUUAUUUCGACUCUAGAAUGAAGUACAGUUAUGAUGUGGAUAAUGACUUCAACACAAAAUUACAGAUCAAUAUCGACAUUACUGUGGCGAUGAAAUGUGACUAUAUAGGAGCAGAUGUAUUAGAUUCAGCAGGAGAUUCAGCUAUGUUUAAAUUCAGUGGAAGAUUAAAAGAGGAACCUACAACUUUUGAGAUGACUCCAGAACAAAAAUCUUGGCAUAGGACAUUACAGACUGUUAGAAAGGCUCUGAGUGAAGAACAUGCUAUACAAGAUUUAUUAUUUCAAACAGGGUUCAGUAGUAAACAAUCACAGCCAAGGAAGGUUGAUGCAGGCAAAAGACCUGAUGCUUGUAGAUUAUAUGGCUCACUCACAACAAAUAAGGUUUCUGGUAAUUUUCAUGUAACAAUUGGUAAAAGUAUACCUCACCCUCUAGGUCAUGCCCAUCUAGCACUUAUGAUAGAUUCAAAAAGUUAUAAUUUUUCUCAUCGGAUAGAUCAUUUUUCCUAUGGUACUCCUGUUCCUGGUAUAGUGAACCCAUUAGAUGGAGAUCUCAAGAUUACUAAUGAAUCUCUUCAAAUCUACCAGUAUUUUAUUCAGAUUGUACCAACUAAAGUCAAAACUAGGGCAGCUAAGGCUGAUACUCACCAAUAUGCUGUCACCGAACGGGAGCGUGCUAUAAACCAUGGUGCAGGUAGCCAUGGAGUUGCAGGGAUAUUCUUUAAAUAUGAGCUAUCAUCUCUUGUCAUCUCAGUAGAAGAAGUAUAUGAUCCUUUCUGGAAACUUCUUGUUAGACUAUGUGGCAUUGUGGGUGGUGUUUUUGCUACAUCAGGUAUUAUCAAUAGUUUGAUGGGUCUUCUUAUGGAUGUAAUAUGUUGCAGAUUUAACAAAUUCAAAUCAGACAAAUCAAAUCAGGCGCCAUUACCUGGUCAUCAUUUAGAUAUCAAUCAAUCUCCUGCUGCUCCUGGUAUCCUUCCAUCAUCAUCAGUUCUCAGUUGACAUGUCAGGCAAGGCUCUCUCCUUCAAGAUAUGGUAAUGCUGUUUGUUAAGUAUGUAUCAGCUGAAUAGUCCUUGUGUUUUUAUUUUUACGAUGGCUACUAAACUUUGUUCAAGAUCCAAAAUCAACGAUUCUGCUAGUAAUUGCGAUUCUUUCGGUUAGAUGGAAAUGACCAGAGUUUUUCUUUCCUACGAGUAUCACAUUUAACAAACAACUUGAUUUUGAAAUGUCCAUUGUGAUUAUCAAAGUUUGUUAGUACAUUUUAAUAGUUUGACUAUGUUUGAGAUAAUUAUGUGGAAUAGAUGUACCGGUAUCUUUUUAAUAAAAAUAAUUGUUUAAAUGAUAAUAUUAAUCUAAUUCUGCAUAUUUUAUCGUUUGCUUUUUCGAUUGAUGAAAGAAAAAUGAUUGUGUGAAUCCAAUUAUCUUGAGCCAGUCAAUAUCUCCUGUUUUAUCAGUGGAUUGAUUGGGUGUCUAUAUGAGAUACCCAAAAAGCAAAGACUGGACUUUUAAAAAAUGACAUUUUAAAAUGAAACUUGGGAUUUACUCAAUACAGUACUUGCUUGAAGUAAUUUUGUACUUUAACACUUUACUUUCAUGAGUAAUCUCUUAUAUGUCUUCCAAAUUUGAUUGUUGAUUUAUUAUCAUGGUUAGUCCUCGGUGGUAUUUUUUAAUGCGAGCUUUCUGGUGAAAUUUUUAAAAAAAAAUUUUAUUGUAAUGUAAGUGCAUUAAUUAGGGCAGUUACAUACAGGAUGUACUCUGACCUGCUAUAUGUGGGAAACUUCCUGAAAUGAUUUUUCUUUGUUUUUUAGUUGAUAUGAAAGGUAAUAAUACUCUCAUAGUAUAAUGUCUUGAGAAGUAAGAAUGGAAAUAAUACAGGGGUCAUACGUACAAAACAGGCUGAUCAUUACGAAGUUGCCCCUUAAAUUAUUUUGUUUUAUUUCUGUAUCCAACAAUCAAUAUUGAAACUCAAUAUAUUAUUGUACUGUAUAUGAUCAUCAGUUCACAGUGUAUAAUGGGUACAUUGUUACAUUAUUUUCAUGUAAUUGCUCUUUGCGCAAUUAUAUAGUUCAUUCCAUUUAUCUGUUUUGAAUAAUUGCACUCAGAAAUCGUAAGUUGAGGUUUCAUGUAUAAUUAUGUGUAGUUUGCUGUUUAGACCCUUCCCUUCACUGUAGGAAAGUGUUCUUAAUGUACAGCCUAAAGUCCCUGGAAGUGAUUUGUGCAUAGAAGGUCCCUCAUUGGAACAACAAGUUGUAUUUGUGCUAGUCUUAUGUUAAGACCCACUUGUUGAUCAUAGUUGCAAUCAAGGUCUGUGCCUGAAAACUGAUUGAUGUGCUAGAUUGUAAGCCUGUUCAUGAUUGUAAACUGCGCACAAGCAGUAAAAGGUCAUUUGAGAUAAACCAUGAAGGUGGUUUUCAAAUUCACUGACAUAGGCAUUUGUGAUUUGAUGAUUAUUCAUGUAUUCCUUUUAAAAUGUUCUUUUCAUCACAUCCAAGCUGAAGAGAAACAAUGUCUUCAUAAUCACUGGUAUAUGACAGCCCAAACAACAGUGAAAUGUGCAGACAAUAAAACAUACAGAUUAAAAAAAAAAACCUUUACCCCUCAUGUGCUAUUUGAGUCACCUGGACUAUACAGUGCCUUUCAUUCUUAGAAUUUUAAUGCUUUGCUUGGAAAACUUAGGCAACAUCUUCAUUUGAAAAUGUUAGUGCUCAUCCUAAUGAAAAAUUGAUCGUCAGCUUUCCAUGAACUGGCUUAUAUUCCUGUAUGAGCAGAGAAAGGUUUACAUAUGCCAAAGUGGAUAAAUUAUGUUUCCUGACUGACUAGUUUGGUCUACAUAAUACUGUACAUGUAUGCAGAUCUAGUGAAAUUAUUUUUGCUGAUAUUUAUUUAAAAACAUAACCUGCACUGAUCUAUUAAAUAUAAAUUAGGUUUUGAAUCAUGCUGGAAAGAGAAUAUAAAUUCUUAAAAACUCUGACUAAAAUAUUGGUUCUUUAUUCUCAUGUACAUGUGUAUGAUAUUAGGUCUUUGUAAAUUAUGGUAAAAAUUUUUACAGGGGCAAUACUUAAGUUCAGUAUUAAGAGGUUAUUAACAUAGUAUCACUAGUAUUAUUUUCAGAAUGCAAAUGAAAAUCAUUGUUCUAGAAUUCCUUGAAACAUUUUUAUGCUGACACCCACUAGGGUGUUGCCGGACAUGUUUUGUGUUCAGAUAUCUUAUGAUUCACGAAGUGAUUUUCUUCUCCUUUCUCAACAAAAUUAAAAAAGGAAUUUUUCAGUGGUGUUCUGUACAUUUAUAUGUCUCUCUUUAUGGUGUAUUGAGAAUUUAUCUAAUUUCAUCAUGAAUAUCAUGUUUCCACACAUCAUUAUGGUCUUGGUUAAAUUGGGGAAAGUGAUUCUAAGCAGCAGCGAUUGCAUGAAAGGGUCUUUGCAAGGACCGUCUUUUGCACCAAGAAUCCAUCUAAUUUCAAUCAUUUUUGUUCAAUCUACUUAUUUUUCAUUUAUUUUGUUAUUCUCUUUAUCUUCUAUACAGUACAGAAUUUGAUAGAGAUACAUGUAUGUAUUCUUAUUCAUAUUUAUAGCUCCGGUGAAUAAUUGUAACAUGUACAAUUUUGAGGCUGCUUGCAAUGAAAAGGAAUGUUCAUUUUUGUUUAGUAAAAUAGCGAUAACCCUGAAUGGAUUGUUAUUAUUUGUAUUACAUUUUCUGUAUGGGUCUUAUAUCAUUUUCAGAAUUAUCAUUUAGUAUACCCCCGCCAAAUGAAGUUUGAAGGAGAUGUAUCAGAAAUAGUUUUUGGUUGGGCAAUCAGUCUGUUCUAACUCUUGUGGAACAAACUACCUACUUGCUUAGUUUUAAUCAGACACCUGGAAUUCGGCACACUGGUCUUGGGGUGUAUUUUGGGGGGUAUGUUGUAUAUUAAGUUUCCAUGGUAAUGGCAUGUUAUGGCAAUAUAUUUGAAAAUCUUGCAGAGUGAUCUACUUCCUCAGUUUUGGCCCAACGCUCUUGAGAUUUAGCACAAACAGUAGUCUUUGAAAGAAGUUGUUCAAGCUCAUAUUUAGAUCGUUACCACAAUUGGCAUUUAUGUUUAAGCAAGUGUUUGUGUCUCAAAGAUAUUAACCAUUUUUUCACUAUCUCUUGAUCGGUAAUAUGUUUUAGGCACAUUAAUGUCUAUUUAUUGAAGUUCAAAUGUGAUUUUUUUAUUUUGUUUCAUUUGUAGUGCUUUAUACUACAAAUUUCAAUGCUAUUGUCUGAUUAUUAUAAUUGUUAUGAUUGUUAUGUUUCAUUGAUUACUUUAGUUUAUUUGCUUAACUCUACUUGCAAUCACAGUAUUUUUAUUUGAUAUUGAUAAACAUCUUGACCUUAUCUUAAAAAGAAAUGCAAUUGAUCUGAUCCAGCUCAACUAUGGAAAGACGUCAAUGUCAUAAUACAAAUCUAGGAAAUGUGAAAACUGUCCCUUGUAAUCUAUUGGGGAGCAUUUCAUGAAGAGUGUUUGUCAGUGUUUUACACCAACUAAUUUAACCUCAGCCAAUCAGAUGCAAGGACUUUCAGUAGAUUAUAACAUCUGUCAUUGGAAAUCGCUGACAACAUUCUUCAUGAAACAGUGAUGCUUGGAUGAGUGUUUGUGUUUGAUGCCUUCCAUAGUUAUGAUUGAUCAUAUCAAUUGUAAUUCUCUGUAAGACAAGGUCCUGGUAUUUUAUUUUAAGUGUAUCAUGGGAUAGUAUAGAUCAGAUGUAUUCUAUGUAUAUUGGCAUGAAAAGAAUAUGAAAUAAAGAAAGGUCAUAAUGCA